UGACGAGGAUGGCGGCGAGACGGAGCGAGGAGAAAGGUCUUCUGGGCCCCUCAAAUAGGCCCCACAGACGCUACGGCAGCACCUCCGUCAACAUGAAGCGGCCGGAGAGCGUCCUCAGGCACAGGGUCUCCAAGCAGGACACUCUCCAGGGCAUUGCUCUGAGAUACGGCGUCACGAUGGAAACCCUCAAACAACAUAACAAAUUAUGGUCCAUAGAGGCCAUGUUUCUCCACGAUUACUUGGAAGUCCCUGUUAGUCGGAGUGUUUAUGAGACGGUAACAGGGUCUUCGGCAGAGUCUCCCCAAACGCCAUCUUCCAGCUCACAAUUCAAUGGCUCAGACAGAAGUUCCGACACGAGCACCUCUUCCCCGAGCAGCACCCCGAAGGUUAGCCGUUCACCCUCCACCUCCAGUGGCCUCCAUGACUGUUCUGAAACGAAUCCUACAGACUUCCUUUCCAAGAUCGACUCAAACAUUGCACUCAUGAAAUCCAGUAUUGAGAGAAUGGAGACUCAUGCAUACCCGAUGGUGGACAGAAUGGAAGUUGACGAGUCCCAGUGUCACAACGGGCGGCGGUCCUACCACUCCAAGGUGCGAGAAAGCUCAUACCAAAACGGCUGGCACGACGCCACUGACGCUCCCCACCCCGUCGUCAAUCCAGGCCGCACCAUCACCAUGUCCCUCAAGAGACUGCUGCGUGAGCACGAAGAACUGUACGAGUUAUAGCAUACGUGUGGCCUCCCACAUACUUUCACUAAGGCUUUGGGGUCCAGGGUGGGAGUCAGAGUAGGGCUGGGAGUGGAGGAUGAUUAUCGGGGCUGCAGUUAGGGGUAAGGGUAGCAGUGGG